GAUUCUCCUGCUGCUGCUGCACGAAGAGGAGCAGAGGCGGAGAGACAGAGAGACAGACAGAGAGACAGACAGAGAGACAGACAGACAGACAGACAGCGAGACAGACAGCGAGACAGACAGGCAGAGCGGAGGACAGACGGACGGACAGCCGGGGAGGAUGGGCCGGCGGAGCAGCCGUCGGUAGCGCUCUGUUUUCGGGGACGGAGCUCCAGGAUGAGCGUAGCGCUGCAGGACCUCCGGAACACCAUGUCCAGCUACAAGCGAGCUACGUUGGAGGAGGAGGAAGUGUCGGACGCUCCAGCUGAGUCGGCCUCGUCUCCUGACAGAGUGGAGGUGGGGUUCAGGAAGGGAGGCGUGGACAUCCUGGGCCGGAGGACUCAGCUGGAGGUUCUGCUGUCGGUCCUGCUGCUGGCCGCCCUCCUGGCUCUGCUGGCCUGUCUGCUGGUUCUGGGACUGGGCUUCAGCUCAGACAGCGGCCACGGCCUGUGCCUGUCAGAGGCGUGCGUCACGGUGGCGAGUCAGAUGGUGGAGGCGAUGGACCGCAGCGCCGACCCGUGUCACGACUUCUACCAGUUCGCCUGCGGAGGCUGGAUGAGGAAGAACCCGCUGCCCGACGGACGGUCGCGCUGGUCGACGUUCAACAGCAUCUGGGAGCAGAACCAGGCGCUGCUCAAACACCUGCUGGAGAACGGAACUUUUAACGGCAGCAGCGAGGCGGAGAGGAAGACUCAGUCCUACUACCUGUCCUGUCUCAACACUCAGAGGAUCGAGGAGCUGGGAUCUCAGCCUCUCAUCGACCUCAUCGCCAAGAUUGGGGGCUGGAACAUGACGGGUCCCUGGGAGAAGGACAACUUCAUGGAGGUGCUGAAGGUGGUUUCUGGUCCGUACAGAGCGCAGCCUUUCUUCAGUGUCGGAGUCAGUGCUGAUCCCAAAAACUCCAACAGCAACGUGAUCCAGGUGGACCAAUCAGGGCUCUUCCUGCCGUCCAGGGACUAUUACCUCAACAAAACAGCCAAUGAGAAGGUGCUGGUGGCGUACCUGGAGUACAUGGUGGAGCUGGGGAUGCUGCUGGGCGGAGAGAGGAGCUCCACCCAGCUUCAGAUGCAGCAGAUCCUGGAGUUUGAGACGGCGCUCGCCAGCAUUACCGUCCCACAGGACCAGCGGCGAGAUGAGGAGAAGAUCUACCACAAGGUCACCAUUGCUGAACUGCAGCUGCUGGCGCCGGCUGUGGAUUGGUUGGACUACCUGUCGUCCGCUCUGUCUCCUCUGGACCUGAACGACACCGAGCCUGUCGUCCUGUACGCCAGAGAGUACCUGCAGCAGGUGUCCGACCUCAUCAACAAGACGGACCGCAGUCUGCUCAAUAACUACAUGAUGUGGACGCUGGUUCAGAAGAGCGUUGCCAGUUUGGAUCAGCGCUACGAGAACGCUCAGGACAAACUACUGGAGAGUCUCUACGGCACCAAGAAGCAGUCCUGCACCCCGCGCUGGCAGACGUGUAUCGGGAACACUGACGACACUCUGGGCUUCGCUCUGGGAGCGCUCUUCGUCAAGGCGACCUUCGACAAACACAGCAAAGAGAUAGCCGAGGAGAUGAUCAACGAGAUCCGCUCCGCGUUUAAAGAAGCUCUGGACCGACUCAACUGGAUGGACGACCACACGAGACAGGCAGCUAAAGACAAGGCAGAUGCGAUCUACGACAUGAUCGGUUUCCCAGAAUUCAUCCUGGACUCCAAAGAGCUGGACGAUGUCUAUGACGGGUACGAGGUGUCUGACGACAGCUUCUUCCAGAACAUGUUGAACUUCUACAACUUCUCCUCCCGAGUGAUGGCCGACCAGCUGAGGAAGACUCCCAACAAAGACCAGUGGAGUAUGACUCCUCCUACAGUUAAUGCCUACUACAUGCCCACUAAGAACGGCAUCGUCUUCCCUGCCGGGAUCCUACAAGCUCCUUUCUACGCCCACGACCACCCCAAGGCGCUGAACUUCGGAGGGAUCGGAGUCGUGAUGGGUCACGAGCUCACGCACGCCUUCGACGAUCAGGGUCGCGAGUACGAUAAAGAGGGGAACCUGCGUCCGUGGUGGCAGAACUCUUCGGUGGAGGCGUUCCGUAAGAGAACUGAGUGUAUGAUAGAUCAGUACAGCCAGUACCUGGUCAACGGAGAACACGUCAACGGAAAACAGACGCUCGGAGAAAACAUCGCCGACAACGGAGGACUGAAGGCUGCAUACCACGCCUACCGGUCCUGGGUCCAGAAGAACGGAGACGAGAAGAGACUUCCUGCCGUCAACCUGACCAACGAUCAGCUGUUCUUCGUGGGGUUCGCUCAGGUGUGGUGUUCAGUCCGAACACCAGAGAGCGCUCACGAGGGCCUGGUGACCGACCCCCACAGCCCACCACGAUACAGAGUCAUCGGCACGCUCGCCAACUCCCCGGACUUCAGCCGCCACUUCAACUGUCCUGAAGGGACGUCCAUGAACACAGGGAAGCGCUGCGAGGUCUGGUAGACGAAGAGGACGGGGUCUGAGGGGGCGGGGUUAAUUAGCUCAGUCCGUUAAUUAACAGGUGGGGUUGUUAGUUAGGAAACUUGUCUGUUACUCUGCAAAAAAUAUUUAGUUUGUUAAUGAGUCAGAUUGUUAAUUGACAGGUGAGUUUCUUAAUUAACCGGCAGGUUAGUGUCUUAAUUAGAGGACUUGGGUCUGUUGAUUAUCAGGAGGUGAACGCGUGUUCGUUAGGACUGAAUAUUAAUGUGUUAAUUAGAGACGAUCAGACUGACUUCCUGUCUGGGAUCUAAACGGACUCAGUGGACUUCACACAGAGACACGAGGGACUGAUGAAGAUGAUGAUGAUGAUGAUGAAGCCACAUGGGACGAUGUUGCUGAUUUCUGCUUUAUCACCGUUAUUGAUUAUUAUUGAUGAUUAUAACUAUUAUUCUUAAUGGGCUUUGGUGUGUGUGGGUGGGUGGGUGUGUGCGUGUGUGUGUGUGUGUGUGUGUGUGUGUGUAUGAAAGACCUCUGUAACUCUCUCUGAUGACAUCACUGUGAUGACCUCAUAUGAAGUUCAGCUAUUACAUCAUCAGUCAUGGCCGUCACCUGACACACGGUUAAUUUAAGGAGUUAAACACAGAUUUAUGGGUUAAUUAAUCAGUCAAUCAGUCAGUCAAAAGAUCACGAUGACACAUGAAAUUAUGAUUUACAUGAUUUCUUGAUUAGCUGCAUGGUUUAAUUUUGCCUCAUAAAUGUAGAAAAGUUCAGAGCCAUUCGUUAAUCGUAAUUAACGGCUGACAAAUCAAGUUGUUUGAUAACAAGAGAUCCUUCAGUUUUAAUCUUUUUAAUCUAAUUACAUCUUAAAAAUGUGAUGAAAAUCCCUGAAGGCAUCAGGAUCGAUGGGUUGAUUAACGGAGUUUAAGAGUAAAAAUACAUGAAUUUUACCGUUGAAGGAUUUUUAGGUUUACAUGUAAAUUCAGGUGUUUUUAACUGAUGACGUGGCAUCAAACCAUCCCUGAACGUUUCACUUCCCCGAUUCAUAAAAAAACAUUUUAAGUGAAAUGAAGAAAAUGAUUUCUGGUCACAUGUAAGAAGAAGUGAAGAGAUGCAGCCUGUCGAUGUUCCGUCACUUUAAACCACCCGACAUGUCGCCGCCGUCUGAGACCACAAACCGCCAUCACAGCCGUAAACACCUGCAGAGUUCAGUGUUGAUUAAUGCAAGUAGAUCGACAUCAGUGAGAAAAUAAACAAGCGCCUUAAAAAUGAGAUUUUAUUAUAAAACAGACUUUGGAAUAAUGCCUUAUAUUCUGAAAUUACCGCCUUAAUAAAAGUAGAAAACUAUCUGUACAACUAUCCGCUGUGUGAUCAGACUCUCAGGUGUCUGCAGCAGGACACACCUGCUGUCCCCCAUGUCUGACUGCUGUGGGGCGUUCAGGGACUAUAUGGAGCGUGGGAUGUUAGUCAACUAAAGAGAGCGUGGGGCUUCUGUUAGUCUAAAGAAGAGCGUGAUGCGUUCAGGAACCAAUAUGAUCAUAGAAUGUUCAUGAAAUAUAAUGAAUGUGUGGCGUUCAGAGACUAAAAUAAAUGUGGGGCAUUCAGGGACUGAAAUGGAUUUGGGACAGUCAGAGACCCAAACAAACAUGGUGUGUUCAAGAACCAAAAUUAACAUGGGGCGUUCAAGGACUACAGUGUUAUGGAGAUAAAAUGAUUGUGGGGAACUGAAAUCAGUGUGGUGCGUUCAAACACUGAAUCGAACAUGGGGUGGUUAAGGACUCAAAUGGACAUGGGGCGUUCAAAGACUAAACUGAACAUGGGGCGUUGCGAGACUAAAAGGGCACGGGGGACAGACGGUUCAGUCACAGCGAAUUAUAUAAAUAGUUAAAUUCUUCAGUCUGUGACUAAAACUGAAAUAUCUUUUGUUUCAUCUCGUGCUGAUGAACAGAGACCCUGAACAUCUCACGACUCGCUCAGAGAAGAAUAAAUGUAGAAACACAGCGAGUAUAUUAAAGAUAUAAAGAAUAUAUCAUGAAGAGACACAUCACAGAUUAAACUUUUAUCAGUUUUAAAAACAAUCAGUAGUUUAAAGAACUUACCUCAACUCCAUUACCCAGAAUCCCCAAGUGUUGCAGUUCAGUGCAGGUACCUGACUCUGACAGCAGGUGGAGCUGUCGGCCUGCUCACCUGGAGUCAAACACCUGAACACCUGCAGAAUAUUCAUGUUAAACACUGUCAAUGUUUGUGUGUGUGUCUGUGUGUGUGUGUGUGUGUGUGUGUGUGUUCGCUUUGCCUCCGCAUGACAUCACUGUCACGAUGACAUCACCGUCCAAUCCUGUGCAGCUCCUGUGUGUGUCGUCAUUUGCUCAGCAGAAGAAGAAGCUGCUUCCUGCCAAAGACGUUUCUGUGUGUGUGUGUGCGUGUGUGUGUGUGUGUGCGUGUGUGUGUCUACCUUGGUGAGGACCGUUGGAUCUUGUGAGGACCGGUUGGUGUUUAACCCUGGUAGUGAGGACGUCUGAGCGCUAUGAGGACGUUCUGGCUGGUCUUCACUGCUCGACUGCUUCAGGUUCAUUUCAGGGUUCUGGGACACAACACGUCAGAGAGUCCUCACAAGUGUAGAUGUGUGUGUGUGUGUGUGUGUGUGUGUGUGUGUGUGUGUGUGUGUGUGUCCAGGGUCUCCGCUGUGUUAUAGUCUGUGUGCAGUAGACGACAGUAGAUCUGAUGUAGAAUAAACUCGGCUUGUUGAAAAUGUUUGUGUGUGUCCUUAAGGGGGCGUCGCCACUCUGCUUGUCCAAUCAGAGAGCUGCGUUACAGAUCUGAUGGAGAGGAUCUGCAGAAACAUAAUAAACACUGAACAUGAUUAAACUCACA